AUGGAAACUCCAGUAGUCAAAGCUAACAACCGGGACCUCUCCUACAUUCUCCUCAUCUCCCUCCUGCUGUCCUUUUUGUCCUCCUUUCUGUUCAUUGGCCAUCCAAGGAAGGUGACCUGCCUUCUCCAACAAACUGCUUUCAGCAUCAUCUUCUCUGUUGCUGUCUCUUCUGUGUUGGCCAAAACUAUCACAGUGGUGGCCGCAUUCAUGGCCACUAAGCCAGGGAACAGGAUGAGGGGAUGGCUGGGGAAGUGUUUGGCCAACUCCAUUGUCAUUUCUUGUUCCAGUGUUCAAGUUGGCAUCUGCACCAUCUGGCUGGGAAUCUCUCCACCCUUCCCGGAUGCAAACAUGCACUCCCAACCUGGACAGAUUAUCCUGCAGUGUAACGAAGGGUCUGUUGCCAUGUUUUAUAGUGCCUUGGGCUACAUGGGCUUCCUGGCUACUAUCUCUUUCACAGUGGCUUUUUUAGCCAGGAAGCUGCCUGGGGCAUUCAAUGAAGCCAAGCUGAUCACCUUCAGCAUGUUGGUCUUUUGUGGUGUCUGGGUCUCCUUUGUACCCGCCUACCUGAGCACAAAGGGGAAAUACAUGGUGGCUGUGCAAAUCUUCUCCAUCUUGGCCUCCAGUGCUGGGUUACUGGGUUGCAUCUUUCUUCCCAAAUGCUACAUCAUUGUACUGAGGCCUGAUCUGAAUAGAAAAGAGCAUCUAAUGAUCAAAUGA